AUGGAGAAUCUGGCAAUGAAAGUGCUGGAGAGAGGGCGCGAGUAUGCAAACCAGAUUCAACGAUUUAUCCGUGAGUCUGAUAAUGGAGAAGAUGAUGAAGAUGAGGCCUUGACGACGUCGUAUGCUCGAGAUCUAGCUGCGAAGAUGGGGGAUUCUUUGAAAAGGGCAAUUUUGCUCCUCAACAAUAAUCAAGAUUCGGCGGUUAACUCUGAGGAAUCUCACGAGAGUUCUAAGAGCAGAAGCCAAACAAUGAAAGAUCCAAUAAGAUUCUCUCCCCGAAAAAGGAAAAGUGUACAAACAUGGGAGGAGUAUACCAAAAUUCCAAAGGAAGAUGGUUAUGCAUGGAGAAAGUAUGGCGAAAAAAUCAUACUCAAUGCCAAAUAA